GAAGUAAAGAAGAAGCUGAAAGAAUUGUCAUCGAGAUCAAGGCGUGGUGCCCAUGUCAUCUCUCAGACGCCGAUUGAUGCCAAGCUUCAUGCAGACUUUGAAGAGUCUAAACAACAGUUUGAUUACUCAAUUUCUGUUAAUGCAUCAACUUCCACUAGCAUUCUUCCUUCCUCGACUGUGUCAGCUUAUCUGCAGAAGAUGCAAAGAGGGAGCCUUAUCCAGCCAUUUGGUUGCUUGAUUGCUGUUGAUAAACAAAACUUGAGUGUUCUAGCAUACAGCGAGAAUGCACCUGAAAUAUUAGACUUAGCCCUGCAUGCAGUUCCAAGCAUGGAACAACAAGAAGCUUUUAGUUUUGGCAUCGACACUCGAACGCUCUUCCAACCUUCAAGUGCUGCUGCACUGCAAAAAGCAACCAAUUAUGAGGAAGUUAACUUGCUUAAUCCGAUUUUGGUCCAUUGUAGAAACUCUGGUAAGCCCUUCUAUGCUAUUUUACACCGUAUUGAUGUUGGGUUAGUUAUAGAUAUGGAACCGGUGGAUCCGGCUGACGUGCCAGUUACAGCUGCUGGAGCAAUAAAAUCAUAUAAGCUUGCAGCCAAAGCUAUUUCAAGAAUACAAUCUCUACCAAGUGGAAAUCUAUCACUUUUGUGUGACGUGUUGGUUAGAGAAGUGAAGGAUUUAACGGGAUAUGACAGGGUGAUGAUUUAUAAAUUUCACGAGGAUGAGCAUGGGGAAGUUGUUGCUGAGUGCCACAGGCCUGGCUUGGAACCUUAUCUUGGAUUGCAUUACCCUGCAACUGAUAUACCACAAGCAUCGAGAUUUCUUUUCAUGAAAAAUAAGGUCAGGAUGAUACGCGAUUGCCUGGCCAAGCCUGUUAAAGUAAUUCAGGACAAGGGCUUGGCUCAACCGCUGAGUCUUUCUGGAUCCACUUUAAGAUCUCCUCAUGGGUGUCACGCACAAUAUAUGGCAAAUAUGGGUUCGAUUGCAUCUCUUGUGAUGUCCGUGAUGAUCAAUGAGGAGGAUGAUGAGAUGGAUGGCAAUCAGCAAAAGGGAAGACAGCUGUGGGGCUUGGUAGUCUGCCACCACACUAGCCCCAGGUUUGUUCCUUUUCCUUUGAGGUAUGCAUGUGAAUUCUUGGUUCAAGUUUUCGGGGUUCAAAUCAAUAAGGAAGUGGAGUUGGAAGCUCAAUGGAAGGAGAAGCAUAUUUUGCAAGUUCAAACUGUGCUUUGUGAUAUGCUGCUAAGAGAUGCCCCAGUGGGCAUUGUUACUCAGUCACCUAACAUUAUGGACCUUGUGAGGUGUGAUGGAGCUGUACUUCUUUACCAUAAAAAAUGCUGGUUGCUUGGGGUCACUCCUUCAGAGGAACAAAUCAGAGGUAUUGUUGCCUGGCUUCUAGAGUACCAUUGCAGUAGUACUGGAUUAAGUACUGACAGCCUCAUGGAUGCUGGCUAUCCCGGUGCUUCCGUUCUUGGAGAUGCAGUGUGUGGAAUGGCUGCUGUUAGAACUAGUUCUAGAAAUUUCCUCUUUUGGUUCCGUUCACAUACUGCUAAGGAAAUAAAAUGGGGAGGUGCAAAACAUGAUCCGGAUGAUAAAGAUGAUGGAAGAAAAGUGCACCCUAGAUCAUCAUUCAAGGCUUUCCUAGAGGUGGUUAAGAGAAGAAGCCUACCAUGGGAAGAUGUGGAAAUGGAUGCAAUUCAUUCUUUGCAGCUUAUAUUGAGAGGAUUAUUGCAAGAUGAGAUUGUGAAUGAUGACAAAAUGAUUGUAAGUUUUCCAACAGUUGAUACCAGCAUACAAAUGGUGGAUGAAUUGCGUAUAGUGACUAAUGAAAUGGUUCGCUUAAUUGAAACGGCGCCAAUACCAAUUUUGGCUGUUGAUACCUCUGGUGAUAUCAAUGGAUGGAAUGCCAAAGUGGCCGAACUUACAGGGUUGAGUUUACAAAAAGCUCUUGGUAGGCCCUUUGCUGAUCUGGUUGUUGACGAUGCAGUUGAUGUAGUGAAGAAUACACUCUCCCUGGCUUUGCAAGGUGACACUAUCUCUGGUCUCCUUGCUCAGUAA